ACGUUAACAUAUUAUCCUAAUCUAAAGUAUGAAACUUCUCAGUUGUCAAUAAAUCAAAUCAUAACCUACAAACAUAAUUAAACAAGAUGAAAAUUUAAGUAAGGUAAUAAGAGUUAAUUAGGAUGAUUUUUUCGAAUAAUUUUCUUCUGAGACAUAGUAUCAAGUUAAUAAAACGCACAUGCACCAGCAAUAUAAGUGCUUUAUCAAGAGAAGAAAGAGUUCAAUUUUUAAGGAAAAUGGCUCUACCUAAAUCAAGAGAAAAUCCCAUCAUAAUGAAAUUGGAUACUCCAGAAUUUAAUUCUAUAUUUAACGAUGAAUUGCGAGCUCUAAUAUCCAUAUUUAAAGAAUACGGAUAUGAAAUCCGCAUAGCGGGAGGCGCCGUACGAGACCUUUUGAUGGGAAAACGACCGAAAGAUUUAGAUUUUGCAACAACGGCUACUCCUAUACAAAUGAAAGAAAUGUUUACUUCAGAAAAUGUCCGAAUGAUUAAUGCUAAUGGAGAAAAACAUGGUACUAUUACACCUAGAAUAAACGAUAAAGAAAAUUUUGAGGUAACAACUUUAAGAAUAGAUGUAUUGACAGAUGGUAGACACGCAGAAGUCCAAUUUACAACAGAUUGGUUGCUAGAUGCUCUUAGACGAGAUUUGACAAUAAAUUCGAUGUUUUUAAGUUUUGAUGGUUCAGUGUAUGACUAUUUUUUUGGAUUGGACGAUCUUCAGAAACAUAGAGUAGCAUUUGUAGGUAAUGCAGUCACUAGGAUACAAGAGGAUUAUUUAAGGAUUUUAAGAUAUUUUAGGUUUUAUGGAAGAAUAGCUUUAGAGCCAGAUAAACACGAAGAAGAAACUCUGAAAGCUAUUAAGGAUAAUGCUAGUGGAUUGCAAAACGUUUCUGGAGAAAGAAUUUGGAUGGAGUUGAAAAAGAUUUUAGAAGGAAGGUUUGCAGGGGAGCUCAUGGUAGUGAUGGUAGAGAAUAGUUUAGCACCUUACAUUGGUUUGCCAGAUAAUCCUGAUUUAUCAGAGUUAAGAAGAGUAUGGAAACAAAGUGGCCAUUUAAACUUGAAUGCUAUUACGGUUAUUUCUUCAUUGUUAAAGACUGUAGAUGAUGCAAAGGCGCUCCACUCAAGACUUAAAUUAUCAGCUUAUGAAAGAGAUUUAGCUUUAUAUAUAAUAGAAAAUAGAACACCUAAAUUACAUCCGAAACCGCUAAUGCCUUUUCAACAACAAAUCUUGAAAUCAAUUUCCAAACCGGAAAACACCAAGAAAAUGGCUGUGGAAGUUUUAAAAUAUAAUAAUUCACCUUAUUGGAAAGACUUGGAAAAUUGGCAAAUACCGAAAUUUCCUUUAAGUGGAAUUUUACUUAAAGAAAGAGGAGUUGAAGGAGGAAAAGUUAUGGGACUAGUAAUGACUGAAUUGAAACAUUUUUGGGCUGAUAAUGAUUUUAAUUUAUCCAAUGAAGAUCUGUUGAAAGAAUUACCGAGGGUGUUGAAUAUGAUAGCAGAUAGGAAGAAAAGAAAAUAAGAUGUUUACAUAUAACUGUGUUAAAAUAUACUUUUUCAUAUA